UUUCAUUCCCAAAAUUACAAAACACUACUACACUAGAGCUAAUAAACGCUACUAAGUCUGAUGAAACACUGCUAGUCUUUGAUAAUCACUACCACUCUAAAUCUUACCAAACAAAAGGCGAGACAUAUACUAGAUAUGAAAUUAUAACCCAUUUGAAGCCUCCAAAACCGAACUUCAAUUCACCCAUAGUGGAGAUGAUGCAAGCGAGGCUGAUGCAGAUCGACAACGUUGGUGAGGGCGGCAGAGGCGAAGGCACCACAGACGAGUCCGAUGCAAUCGACGAUAAUGCAGAUGAAGGCGGCGGAGGCGAAGGCGAUGCAUGCAAGGUCAAUGCAGAGAGCGAAUAUGCAGGCGAGAUUGUUGCAGACAACGUCAGCGUAGGAGAUGGAGGCUGAAGACGGCUACGACGAUGAGAGAGGUGUGGGCAGAGAUCAGAAAAUUGGCUCUUGAUCGUCAAAUUGUGAAGAGAGAGAGAGAGAGAGAGAGAGAGAGGAAACAGGUUGAAGAAGAGGAAAUUGGCAAAUGAGCAGUUAUUGGAUUUUUCUUUCUCCCCUCAAAAAUCGCACCCACUUAUCCCUAGGCUGAGAUCACAUGCUUUCUUACCCAAAAUACCCCUCCAUCAAAAAUACUCUUAAAUUUGCGGAAACAUGAAUGAAUAGAGAUAAAAAAG